AUGGCCCAUCGGGGCUUCACUACGAUUUUACGACAUCGGAUUUCCAAUUCUCUAACGAUCAAACCAUUCCGACGAGCAUACACCUGGGUUCCCUUGGAGCCAAGCACAGUUCGAUAUGAGUACACUGAGGAAGUCGAGCGUUUGGACUUCUAUGUCCCAGGCGGCUACCAUCCUGUGAAACUUGGGGACAAGUUUUGUGAUGGCCGAUAUAUCAUUGUCCAUAAACUUGGAUUUGGUCGAUCUGCGACAGUAUGGUUAGCUGAGGACAAGAAAGCAUCUCAGCUAGUUGCCUUGAAGAUAUCCACUGCAGAAUCAAUCGAGCGAAAACUUGUUGAGCGAACCGAUGAAUCGGCAAUCCUACUACAAUUAGGCAAUGCUGAGUCGAGCCUCCCCGGGAGGACUAUGGUUCAGACACUCCGCGAUGAAUUCACAUUCUCUGGGCCUAAUGGCGUCCAUAAGUGCUUGGUUUCAAAUGCUGCAAGGGUUAGCAUUAUGGAAUCUAAACUUGCUUCAAAUCAUUGCCUUUUCUCCUUACCAGCUGCCCGGGCAAUAGCAUCUCAGAUUAUUUUGGGCCUUCAGUUCAUCCAUGCUCAGGGAAUUGUCCAUGGUGAUCUUCACCUUGGAAAUGUGUUUUUAAACCUGCCCCCUGAUAUCCAGGCUAUGAAUGCUGAACAACUUUAUACAAGGGCCGGUGAACCAUCCAAGCAAUUGGUUGUUCGUCGCGAUUGCAAACCACUUGAUUUUGGUGUUCCUUCAGAAGCAAUAGUACCAGUGUGGCUUGGAGGUGCAAGUGAUGAGCUUACACUUGCUGAUGCUUCAAUUCACAUUGCUGAUUUUGGAGAGGCCUUUGUCCCGGAGAAGGUCAAGCAGUUUAUUUCUCAUACACCUCCCCAACUAACACCACCGGAAUGCAUUUUCAUGGGGUCUGGACCAGAUGCAGAUGAGCCUCUUUCAUUUCCAGGUGACAUAUGGACACUUGGUUGUCUACUUUGGGAGCUUUUUGGAAAUAGCGGCCCCUUUUGCCCCUUUCCGCAAACAAUUGAUGGGCUUUUGACAGAACAUGUUGAGAUGCUUGGUCAGCUUCCUGAAAAAUGGUGGAGAAAGUGGAAGAAUAGGAGCGACUGGUUUGAUGAUGAUGGAAUAAAGAGUGUUAAGGAGGAAUACCAACAAAAAUAUGGUGUUAUAUCAAGAAAUUGGGACCAGCGUUUCCCACAUGAUAUCAAUCGUGUCCGCCUGAUGAUGAAGUAUCCCACUUUCUCACCAGAAGAGGAAAAGGCAUUCGGUGAAAUGAUCAAAUCCAUGUUCAUUUUUGAGCCUAGGAAGAGGGCUACAAUCAAGGACGUGGUAAGAUGCGAUUGGAUGCAAAAAUGGGGAUUGCCUGAGAUGCGGAACAUGGAAGCCGAAAUCGAUUCCAAAUCCAAGAUGUGA